AUGGCAACAACUACUCAAGUAGAGGAGCAUGUGUCCUUGAAACUUCUGUUAAAUGAAAAGGGUAACAAAGUCCUAUUUGCAGAAGCAGGGAAGGAUUUUGUAGACAUUCUCUGUAGCUUCCUCACAAUACCUUUAGGAACCAUUGCCAAACUUGUAGAGAAGGAAUCUAGCAUAGGGCAAGUUACAGUUGGUUGUCUAAACUCUCUCUAUGGAAGUGUUGCAAAUCUGGAUGAAGGUUGUUUCUCAACUAAGACAACCAAACAAAUGUUGCUGCAGCCAAUAAACUCAGCUGAAGAUUAUUGCAACACUCUUAAACUCAACAUUGAUGACACUCAACCAACAAAGUACUUCGCAUGUACCAACUAUAACGCGUGCUACUAUCGCGAUAUGAUUUUACUUAAACAUCUCCCCCAAGGAUUUGUUAAUGGUGUAGCUACAUUUGUCAUAACUGAUGAUCUCACUAUCAAGCCAAACUGUAUUGACUAUACAAGCUUUAGCCUGUUCAAGGAAUUUGGCGUAAAAAACCCUAGUUCGGUAAAAGAAGUGGUUCUGAAUGUCACCAAAGAAAAGGUACUUGAUCUGCUUAAGUGUUCUUUGCUUUCCAAGUCAACUUUGACAGAUUUGUUCCUAGAGAAGAAACCAUCCCUUGAGAGAUCAAGGUUUAUAUUGGGUGAUGUUGAAAUUAGUGACAAUAUCCAAAUCAAUCUAAAGCUAGUUAUAAGAAAAUCAGAUAACAAGGUAUUGUAUGCUCAAGGACAGCAAGAUUUUGCAAACUUACUUUUAAGUUUUCUUACAUUUCCUUUGGGUGGAAUUGUUCGAAUAUUUGGAGAGAAUUGUUCCUUUGGAAGCAUGAAUGGAUUAUACAAGAGUAUAGUUGAUUUGGAUGAAAACCAAUAUUUGACAUCAAUGGAAGCUAAGAACAGGCUUGUUGAUCCUUGCAUUGCCCCACAGUUGAAGUUAAGCAAGCAGAUUUUACCAAUUCUUGAUCCUGGUGUUCUUGAAUACUAUGGUUAUUUUGAAGGCGUUGUUACCAGUAAUAAUAUUAUCCAGGUUCAAAUUUUCAAACCUGGUGUAGAUAAGAGCUAUGCUGGAAAUUUUAAGAAACUGAAUUCAUCGAAUGUCAUGAAUCCUGUUGACGGUUAUGUUAAGGGUCCAGCUAUGUAUUUCGCUACAGAUGAUCUGGUUGUAGCACCCUUAACUCCAAUCUCAGCUUUGGGUUUACUUAACCGUUUGAAUACUCCUCUUAAUGAAUUGAAGGAAAAAGUUAUCACAAUUGGCAUCAAGGAGUGUCUUAGCAUAUUGAAGGCUUCUUUGACAUCAACAUCUGCCCUAACAAAUGGUUUGGCUCACAUGUUAACUGAAGUUAAGGAGGAGAAAUGAAAAGAGUUUACACUUUGUUGUGUGUUUCAAAUCAAGUUUCUUGGAGGAAAGUUAGCAAU